GUCACCUUCCCUAUCCCCGCCAUUCCUCCCACCCCCCUAGUUCAGCCACGGAGCAGCGGCCGCGCUCCUCAGCCGCCCAGAAAUCUAAAGGGGUCCGUCUCCGGCACCACAACCAAAUGGCUGAGCCUCCCUGGCCGGCUGCGCAGCCCGCCCAUUGGUCCCUUCCCCCGCCGCUGCUGCCGCCACUGGCUGUUGCCCAGAGAUCCUUGGCGGCGAUUGGCUGCAGCUCCUGCCGCUCAUUCGCGCGAUCGCAGAUCCCGCCUCCACAGCGAUCAGGUUUGUGUGCGCCGCGGGUGCUGGGGGCUCGAGAACCGAGCGGAGCUGGUUGAGCCUUCAAAGUCCUAAAACGCGCGGCCGUGGGUUCGGGGUUUAUUGAUUGAAUUCCGCCGGCGCGGGAGCCUCUGCAGAGAGAGAGCGCGAGAGAUGGAGAUGGACAAACGGAUUCAUUUAGAGCUGCGGAACAGGACGCCCUCUGAUGUGAAAGAGCUUGUCCUGGACAACUGUCGGUCUUGUGAAGGCAAAAUCGAAGGCCUCACAGAUGAAUUUGAAGAACUGGAGUUCUUAAGUACAAUCAACGUAGGCCUCACCUCAGUCGCAAACUUACCAAAGUUAAACAAACUUAAGAAGCUUGAACUAAGCGAUAACAGAAUCUCAGGGGGCCUGGAAGUAUUGGCAGAAAAGUGUCCGAACCUCAAGCAUCUAAACUUAAGUGGCAACAAAAUUAAAGACCUCAGCACAAUAGAGCCACUGAAAAAGUUAGAAAACCUCAAGAGCUUAGACCUUUUCAAUUGUGAGGUAACCAACCUGAACGACUACCGAGAAAACGUGUUCAAGCUCCUCCCACAACUUACAUAUCUCGAUGGCUAUGACCGGGACGACAAGGAGGCCCCUGAUUCCGACGCCGAGGGCUACGUAGAGGGCCUGGAGGAGGAGGACGAGGAGGAUGAGGAUGAGGAAGAGUAUGAUGAGGAUGCUCAUCUAGUGGAAGAUGAAGAGGAUGAAGAAGAGGAGGAAGAAGGUGAAGAGGAGGAUGUGAGUGGAGAGGAAGAGGAGGAUGAAGAAGAUUAUAACGACUGGGAAGUAGACGAUGAGGAAGAUGAAGAAGAGGCUGCUGCUGGUGAAGAAGAAAAGGGUCAGAAGCGAAAACGAGAACCUGAAGAUGAAGGAGAAGAAGAUGACUAAGUGGAUACCUAUUUUGAAAAAUUCCUAUUGUGAUUUGACUGUUUUUACCCGUACCCCCCAAAUCCUGACCCCCGAAACUUAUUUUUUUCUGAUUGUAACGUUGCUGUGGGAACGAGAGGGGAAAAGUGUACUGGGGGUUGUGGGGAGAGUUUUGGGGUGGAAUAAAAUACUAUUUUUACUGCCACUCUUUAUUUUUCCCCCUACUUUUUGUGUGUCUGUUUUUGUCCCUGUAAUUGCAAUAGCUGAGUACACACCAAGUGAGCAUUUGUUCCAUGCCCUCAGAGAGGAUGGUUUGGAGGUCUCUCACAUUUCCUGGUAUCUCCUGAGUCUCUUGAGUUGGUUGGAAGGCCGAGGCUGCCUCAGUUUGGUUUCUCAAAGCCCAGGAGCAACUGAGCACCAGCCACAUCUUACCUCUUGUUCUGGUUCACGUGGUUUCUGCAUUUCUUGGGCCUGUUAGAGACAUCCAACGCCCGCCCUGGUUUUAAAUAGCAACCUAAAGGCGUAUUUUGGCACUGGUUGGGGACAGUCCCCAUCUCAUUCCCUUUCCCUCUUCACAGAUGGUGGUGGGCUUCGUUCUACGAAGAAGACUCUGAUGUCACUCUUAGGAGUAGGAGCUAUGAGCCAGAGAGCUGAAAACAGCAGGCUCAUGAGUAAAAUGGAUUUGGUGGUUAGAAUGAAAAGAGAAGAAGCAAACCCUUAACCGUUAACCUCUUAAAAGAUUUUUUAAAAACUCCCCUCUCUUGUUCUGUAAAAUAUUAGAACGCUUUGUUUUACAAAAUGACAAGAGAAUUCUUCCACAUGUACUCCUGUGCUUAGACCAUUUUUACAAACCUAAGUGCAGGAGAUGUUGCUGCAUGUCGGCUGGGUUUGUUUGUUUGUUUUCAUACGCCCGAGCACGGACAAACUAGCGCAAAAUUGUAUUUUCUUACCUAGUGGGAAUCUGAAAUGACUGCAAAUUCCUAGUGAAUGUACAGGUUUGCUUUCAUUGUCCUCUUCUGGAUUGCUUUAGAAGUGACGUGUUUCCUGGCCCGUGUUUCAUCUGUACAAAAGAGCAUCUGCACCAGUUCCUUUCCUCCCCCUCAGAAGAGCCAAACUUUGAGUUUUAUGUCUGUUUGUCAUUGAUAAAUUUCAAUAAAUCUUUUUAUACAAUUU